AUGGAGUUUGCAGAUGGCGCACAAUACGAUCCACCCCCAUCGGCAUUCGAUGACCCAGACGUAUUGAAGGCUUUUAAUAAGAAGUUUCGCAAAGGUCUACAUAAGAACAAGGUAGACGCAGAGGCUAUCUUACCUAUAAACAAAUGUCCUGAUGUAGUUAAAGUUUAUCCGCAGAACCUACAUUGCGAGCGGGCGAUGCAAGGAGUGCCAAGGGAACGCUUCCAAACAGCACCACCUCAGCACAGUUCAAGCGGUAUCUCAGGUACCUCUCUAGUCAACCAAUGCGUGAUCCACUCAUGCAACGCAAGGCUACACAGCCAAUGCACAGAGAUAAAGCACACAGCGCAGGUCGCAAUUGCCCAAGCGAUGACACUGCGAUCGCCAGCUAUGCCACGGCCGAAUCAACAGCGGCGCAGGACACUCGCAGCCAAGAGACCUAAGACAUCGCGGCUGUCAUUCUGA